AUGACCGUGAGUGAUGCAGACGAUAUCUUGCUUCAAGAUGUCGAACACACAGCUGCCAGCGGAGUCGCAGAAACGCCAAACAAUGCCGAAGCGGCCGGUCCCCAGGCAUCCCAACAUCAUUCCCUCAAACAUCACCUCCUCGGUCCGUCCUUGACGAAAGCCGGGCAAGAUGCAGUGGAUCAAAAGAAGGUGUCUGAGAUAAUCUACGAAGCCUCCAAGGGCUCGAAAUUCUUCAGCAAUGAAGAGGCCAAGGACAAGAAUUUGACAACAAAGAUUGAACGGAUUCUGCGACAGAAGGCUCAACUGGAGAAAAUCGACUUGAGGGCUGACCUUCGUCGUGCGGACGAUUACAUUGCAUCCCUUGAAUUGUCACGAGACCUUUCACAGUAUGUCGUCCACAUUGACUGCGAUGCGUUCUAUGCCGCGGUGGAAGAAAUCGAUCGACCAGAACUCAAAAACGUUCCCAUGGCCGUGGGGGUCGGUGUCUUGACCACCUGCAACUAUGAGGCUCGGAAAUACGGUUGUCGCAGUGCCAUGGCCGGCUUUGUGGCGAAGAAGCUCUGUCCGCAGUUGAUCUGUCUACCCAUGAAUUUCGACAAGUACACGGCCAAGGCGAAAGAGGUGAGGGCGAUCCUGGCCGAAUAUGAUCCUCGCUUCGAAAGCGCCAGUAUCGACGAGGCAUACUUGAAUAUCACCGAAUAUUGCAUCUCCCACGAUAUCGACCCAGAGGCCGCCGUAGAGCAGCUCCGGAGAGAGGUUCACGAGAAGUGCCAGAUCACAAUAUCCGCCGGCAUCGCACCGAACGCAAAGCUGGCCAAGAUAUGCUCGAACAAGAACAAACCGAACGGGCAGUUCCGCAUCCCGAACGAUCGCAACGCCGUCAUGUCCUUCAUAUCGGCACUGCCAGUGCGGAAAGUCAACGGCGUAGGACGCGUGUUCGAGCGAGAACUGGAUGCGAUCGGGAUCAAGACCUGUGGAGACAUCUAUGCGUAUCGUGGAUACCUCCAGAGGCUGUUCGGCGAGAAGGCAUUCCAAUUUCUGAUGCAAACUUCUCUAGGCCUCGGGCGGACAGCUGUACAGCCAGCGGAUGAAUACGAGCGGAAAAGCGUCGGCACCGAAUCCACGUUCCGCGACAUCAGCAGUAAACAAGAACUCCGGGAGAAACUGCGACAUACGGCCGAAGAGUUGGAGAAAGACAUGGCGCGUGUGAAUGUGAAGGGGAGGACUCUGGUCUUGAAAGUGAAACUGCACACGUACGAGGUUUUCACUCGGCAAGUCGUGCCGCCAAAGGCGGUGCAUCGUGCAGAAGACCUGUACAACUACAGUCUACCGAUGCUGACCAAACUUGAAAAGGAGAUACCAGAGUUCCGACUGCGGCUGCUGGGCCUGCGGUGCACCCAUCUCGUCAGUACGAAGAAAGAGAGCACCGACUUCUUCCGCCGCAGGUUGACCAACAGCUCUUCCGGUGAGAAGUCCACCGACACCGACACCGAUGCUGGACAGUGGGAGGUUUGGCCAGACUCCGAAUUCGAAGAGGCCGCUCGCCAGGAGAGGCAAGAAGAAAUGAACGAGAUGGAACGUCUCAGUCAGGAACAACAAACCCAAGACCAAUCCUCGUUCGACCAGGUCGCGGCACAGACCUCAACGGUGGACUGGCACGAGCCCUUUGGCCGAUACAAGUACGGCAGCGAACCCAACUCUCCCGCAAAACUUUCGCGGCCGCGCAGCCAAGGCACCACGCCACCUAGAAAAGACGUGUCAGAGCAGCGGUGGGAUUGUCCUAUCUGCCAGCUCCCUCAACCGGCCAACGACCGCGACUUCAACAGCCACAUUGACCUCUGCCUCUCGCGACAGACCAUCAAGGAGGCUGUAGCGGAAGUUGAGGCGUCGACGGACCCCGGUCGCAUCUCUCCCGAGAUUACUGGAGCUGGAGGCGGAGCUGCUAUUGGACACGGGUUGCCGACGAGGCCUCACUCCGCAAGUGGCACGAAGGUCAAAAGGAAGGCUGCUGCCAUGAGCAGCAUGUCUGCCAAUUGUGAUGCUGUCGGUGGCCGGAAGCAGAAGAGAUUGUUCUUUACGUGA